UGCCCUCCCCAACCUUAGGGCAGGUGAGUUGUCCAAUCAGAUGGUCCUUGCCAGGUACCAGUCUUAUUUGUACUGCUCUCCGGCGAGCCAGCCUGGAUUUGUGUACCGGGGUGUGAGUGUACGUCUUGCGGGAGCCCCCCCGCCUCCAAAGCAACCCAGCCUGCCUGCAGGACUCUGCUCUCCUCUCUGCAAGGGACAAGUUUGCCUGGAUCGCAGCUCCCUGGCUGCUCUCACCUCGCUGGGAAAGACGCGCUUACCUGCUUGCACUUCCUGGGCUGGGGGGUGGGGGGGUGGGGGGCAGAGUUGUGUGUGUGUUUCGGGGGGGGUCUUUUGCACACACACACACACGAGGCACAACCGCCUCCAAAGAGCUCACUCCAGACCAAACCAUGUUCCAGCCAGCAGCUAAGCGGUGCUUCACCAUCGAGUCGCUGGUGGCGAAGGACAAUCACUUGGCUUCAGAGGAUCCCAUCCGACCUACAGCCCUCAACUACCCCAACCCUUCCGCGGCCGAGGCGUUUGUUAAUGGCUUUCACAGCGCGGCAGCCGGCAGGUCCCUGUACAGCAGCCCGGAGCUGGUCUUCCCAGAGGCCGUGAGCCACCCCUCCUUGAGCGUUCACCCGCACCAGCUGGGCGCGUCCCAGCUCCAGCACCCGCACUCCUUCUUCGCCCCCCAGCACAGAGACCCCCUCAACUUCUACCCCUGGGUGCUGAGGAACAGGUUCUUCGGGCACCGCUUUCAAGGGAGCGAGGUGUCCCAGGAGGGUUUGCUACUGCACGGGCCCUUUGCCAGGAAGCCCAAGCGGAUCCGCACGGCCUUCUCCCCGUCCCAGCUCCUGCGGCUCGAGAGGGCCUUCGAGAAGAACCACUACGUGGUGGGGGCUGAGCGCAAACAGCUGGCCAGCAGUCUCAGCCUCUCCGAGACCCAGGUGAAAGUGUGGUUCCAAAACAGAAGGACGAAAUACAAGAGGCAGAAGCUGGAAGAGGAAGGCCCCGAAUCAGACCAGAAGAAGAAAGGUUCCCAUCACAUCAAUAGAUGGCGGAUUGCCACCAAACAGUCCAACGGGGAAGACAUUGAUGUCACGUCUAAUGACUAGAAAGGGGGCAGGCUGCUGGCAAAUAAACCAAUGAGAGGAACGAGGGGGAGGAGGGGAAAAUACGGGGCAAACAACACAAAACAAAAACCGGAGAGAUUUCACAAAGACAAAGCAACCGCGGUGCGUGGGCCAAACGAGAGGCCUACGGACCAGUUCCUCCCUCGGCACUCAGUUCUGCCCACUGGGUGGCCUUCAGCGGCGCUUUGGAAAUGAAAGCUCCCAGAUAACAGAGGAAACACCCCCGCAGCCACCCUGCGCUCCUGAGAACUGAACCGAGCUGCCCGUCCUCGCAGCCUGAAGCUGUCGGUCAGCCACAAGAUCAAAUAAAAAUGUCAACCGAGAAACUCAAUGUACACAAUCCUUUUCUUUUUUUACACAAUUUUUAUUUUAAUUUAUUAUUUUAUUUUGUGCGUGUGUUCCCUGUCGUAGGUAGUUAACAGCUGUAGUGUGCGUUACUGUAUGGUAAUAAAAGCAAAAUGGGCUUAA